GGGCAGGCCGCCUCCCUCAGCCGUCAGCGCGCCGGCCCGCCCCGGAGGACCCCGCGCCGCCCCGCUGACGUCAGGGAGCCCGAGCCCGAGCCCGAGCCCCGCAGCCGGAGGCCGAGAUGCCGUCGAAGAAGAAAAAAUACAACGCGCGGUUCCCGCCGGCCAGGAUAAAGAAGAUCAUGCAGACGGACGAAGAGAUCGGGAAGGUGGCCGCCGCUGUCCCGGUGAUAAUCUCUCGGGCGCUGGAACUGUUCCUGGACUCCCUCCUGACGAAGGCCUGCCACGUGACCCAGUCACGCAACGCCAAGACCAUGACCACGUCACACCUGAAGCAGUGCAUCGAGCUGGAGCAGCAGUUCGACUUCCUCAAGGACCUAGUGGCUACCGUGCCCGACAUGCAGGGCGAGAACGAGGACGUCCACAUGGUAGGGGACAAGGUGCCCCGCAGGGGUCGGAAGCCCGGAAUGGGUCGCAGGAACGCCAACGGAGGGUCCGGAGCGAAAGGGAAGGACAAGAAGCAGUCCAGCACAGAAUCGGAACAGGAGGACGAGUCGGAGGACAGCGAGACGGACGAGGAGGAAGCCUCCCGCUCCAGCGUCGACAAAGCCGGGGACCAGAUCCAGAGCCCUGAGCCCGUCUUCAGCAACCCCCCGCCAGUGCUGCCCACCCCCAUGUUUGCACAAGCGACGCACGCCCUGUCGAUGCCCGCUCCUGGCCUGGUGACCGGCAGUCAAGAUGGCGAGGAUGAAGAUUACGACUCUUAGCUCUGCGUUUAUGUUGUCUUUUGCUGAGUGGGUAACCAGAAUUUUAUUCCCAGUGCGAGCGUGUGUGUACGUGUGCGUAUGUCCAACCCCCUCCCUGCCUCCCCAACAGAUUAUUUUCAUAUUGUCUCAUUUUAUUUUAAUUUGGGUUCUCCCUCUCCCCUUCCCACACACUCAAGUUUUAGUUGCUGCUCCUGAGAUGCAGUUCUUAAUUCGUUUUACCCCCUCGUUCUGUCCAUCUGCGCACAGAAAUCACCCAUCCCCUCUUGAGUAAAUGGCCCUUCCUCCUCAAAGAGGGGCUGCGGGGGGAACGGGGUGGGCUUGAGGAGCCGGGUAUUGAAACAAAGGAAUUUACCCCCUACGUUCAGUUGGCCAUUACUUUCUUUUAAUUUUUAACUUUAGUAAUGUGCAGAAUAAAGUUUGGAAUAAAGUAAAUUCGUCCUAAA